AUUUUGAGCACUUGCACUCUUCACUCUCUUCCUGGAAUUGUCUGAAGGCUGGAUUUUGUUUUUGUCUCCCUCCCAACAGCAGUUGUUACUUGCUCGCAGUGUUGCAGCUUAUCUGCGUGCCCCAGAAGGGUGGGACUCACAGAGAUCACAGGCUUUGUACAAUGAGCCACAGCCAGCCUGCUGACUACAAGGAAAUUUGCUGAGGGUUUCAGCCGUGAGUGCCGCGUGGGCUUUGGCAAAGGCAGUGAUUGCACUGGUGGGACCCAGCUGGGUCCAGAGCAGCCACUUCCACUGCUGGGAACAAGGGAGCAUCCCCUCACCCUGGAAAACCGCUGCCUGUGUCGCAGGGCUGUGCAUCUGUGCUGUCCUGUGUUGAGAAGGGCAGCAGCAGGAGGAUGCAGUGCUGUUCCUGGACACUUGGGUCGCAGGUACUCAGUGCCCACAGCCCCAGAGCUGGGAGUGAGCCUUGAUGUGACCUGGGACCGCUCGCUUAAAGCCUUUCACUCCGCACCUGCCCCCUCUGCAGGUUCUCUGUGCUUACCCACGUGUUUCAUCAAGUUACUGCAAAGCCUGCAGGAGUCCAGACUCAUUCUCUUCAAGGCUCAGAAUAGAUCCUUGUGUUCCCGAGGCAGAGUAAAAGGAAGGCACCAAUUUGUCUGGUUUUUUUGCCUGGAGUCUCUGCGAUGGAUGAUGGAGCAGAGUCUCUGCUGACUGUGCAUCUCCUGACCCAUUUGGGACACUCAUUUCCUCUGCAGCAAACUCUGGAUCGAAUUUUGGACUGGCUCUGCCUGGACAUUCGCCUUUUCCUGGUGUCUGAGCGAACUCCUCCACUGAAAUACUACGAGAGGUACCGCAAGAGGAGCUGCAGCUUUCCUGGAAUAUCCAUCCUCCUUUUUCUGCACGAGGACUUGGGAGAAGAACGGAUCUUCCAGGUCCACGAGCAGUUCCAGCGCCCUCCCUGGCGCUACCAGCGUGCCCAGUUUGCCAAGGGGCAGAGCCCGCCCUGUGCCCCGUGCCAGCAGGACUUCUACGGGCUGGACGAGCAGCUGCCCGUGUGGGGCGUCAGGCGGGCGCAGCGCGGCCCCGAAAUCCUGCGGGUCACCCUCCACUGCAGCUUUGAUAACUACGAGGACGCAGUCAGGCUCUACGAGCUGAUCCUCCAGAAGGAAGGCACGCUGCAGAAGAGCACCCUGUGUGUCUUCGUGCUGCACGCCACCCCAGACGUGGCCGUGCAGCUGUGCCUGAAGCAGCUGCCCCCGGGGGUGACGGCCGAGCCGCCCGACUCGGCAGCGCUGCAGUUCAGGGUGCAGGAAAUCGGGCAGCUGGUGCCCCUCCUGCCCAACCCCUGCGUGCCCAUCAGCAGCUCCAGGUGGCAAACACAGGACUACGAGGGAAACACAAUUCUGCUCAAGGUUCAAAGCAGCUCCAGGACCCCUGAAACAAACACCGGGCUUUCCCAGCAGCGCCGUGAUACAGGCAGCGGACGAAUCCCGCAGGACUGUGUGGCAGCCCCUCUCUCUGUAAAGCAGGGUCACCCUGGGCGGGGAAGCCAUGAGCUCAGGGCUCGGCAGGGUGGAGCACAGCCCGAGCCGGGUGCAGGCCUUGCCGGUGAGCGGGCGGGCAGCGAGGCCCCGAGGCCCGCGUGUCCCGCUCCCGGGCCGGCAGCGCGGCCGGGCCGGGCGCAACUUUCUAUUCAUAACAUGACGGACUCAUCCUUGCCCGAGGACAGCGGAGCGCUUUUGGAUGUGCUGUGA